GUGUGUCCUCAAAAAAUGGUUUCCAUCGUAAUCUGAGCUGGAGUGCGCUUUCUCUUUAUAUCCUUUUUUUUUUCUUUUUAUUUUCCCCUUCGCCUCUUGUCGGAGCCCUGGCCUCGUUCCGGCCGAUUGCAAGCCCUAAAUCACAGUUUCGGUGUCAGUUUCUUCGGAAUGGAAUUAUUGUAGGUUUUCUCUUGCUCGAGGACGAGGAGAGAGCCAGUCAUUGGCUUUUCAAGGAGAAGGAGAAAUGUCUCGCCAAAUGACAUCUUCUCACUUUCACAAAUCCAAGACUCUCGACAACAAAUACAUGCUUGGAGAUGAGAUUGGUAAAGGGGCAUAUGGUCGAGUUUACAAAGGCUUGGAUUUGGAGAAUGGAGAUUUUGUUGCGAUUAAACAAGUGUCAUUGGAGAAUAUUGCUCAAGAGGACCUCAAUGUCAUCAUGCAAGAAAUUGACUUAUUGAAGAAUUUGAACCACAAAAAUAUUGUGAAGUAUCUUGGAUCACUGAAGACAAGAACUCACCUUCACAUUAUUCUAGAGUAUGUGGAGAAUGGUUCACUUGCAAAUAUAAUAAAACCGAAUAAGUUUGGUCCUUUUCCAGAAUCAUUGGUCGCUGUGUACAUAUCUCAGGUUUUGGAGGGCUUGGUUUAUCUGCAUGAACAAGGUGUCAUCCAUAGGGAUAUCAAAGGUGCAAACAUUCUGACAACCAAAGAGGGUCUCGUAAAACUUGCUGAUUUUGGUGUUGCGACAAAAUUAAAUGAGGCUGAUGUUAAUACUCAUUCAGUUGUUGGGACACCAUACUGGAUGGCACCAGAGGUUAUCGAAUUGUCUGGGGUUUGUGCUGCUUCUGACAUUUGGAGUGUUGGGUGCACAGUGAUCGAACUUCUGACGUGUGUGCCUCCUUAUUAUGAUCUUCAACCUAUGCCAGCUCUCUUUCGUAUUGUUCAGGAUUUGCAUCCUCCACUACCUGACAGCUUAUCUCCAGACAUUACCGAUUUCCUGCGCCAGUGCUUCCAGAAGGAUGCUAGGCAGAGGCCUGAUGCAAAAACUCUGCUGUCUCACCCGUGGAUACAAAAUUGUAGGCGUGCUUUGCAGUCUCCUCUUCGGCAUAGUGGAACUCUAAGAAACAUAGAGGAAGAUGUUCCUCUGGAUGAAGAAACCUCAAAUGGAGAUAACCAGAGCACUGGUGGAAGCCAUCAAAUGGAGAAAGCUGAAGGAUCUCCCUUGAAUUUCGGAACAGAUUCGAACACAAACUUAUUGUCAACAAAGGUUGCUGAUGUGAUCGAGUCUAAUAAGGAUCAAGUUUCUAAUGGUGAUGUUACUGAGGAAAAUACCAAUAAUUUAGAAACUGAUCUUCAGUCGGAUCAAGUUCCCACCUUGGCUAUCCAUAAAAAGUUGUCUUUACAUGCUGGUUCUAGUAUAUCUGACAAUGAAGUUGUGGCUUCUCAUGAUCAGACUGAGCUUCAAAAGGCAACGCACAGAGGUGAUCAGGUUGAAGUUCUUAUGAAUGGUGAGGUGGAAUCUUCUGAUGCCGGAAGGAAUAAGGUUGCUGGAAAGCAUGGGGGAAAAGGAAGUUCUAUAGAAAAUAGCGGAUCAUUUGGUUUCGGAACAAGAAUUGAAGACGAAAGCCUUCAAAAGACUGCAAAGGAAACAAUGACCUUGGGAGGAAAUGGGUUGAGUAGAUUCAGUGACACUCCUGGAGAUUCUUUGCUGGAUGACUUGUUUCGUCUGUCAGGUAAGAACCUAGGCAAUCGAGCAGCUGAAGCUUCAACUUCUGCAACAACAUCAAACGUCAACCAAGCCAAUGCUAAUGCUGCUGAAGCUGACAAAAAUGAUUUAGCUACAAAGUUGAGGGCUACAAUUGCCCAAAAGCAAAUGGAGAAUGAAAUGGGUAAAACAAAUGAUGGUGGCAAUUUGUUGCGGCUAAUGAUGGGUGUUCUGAAGGAUGAUGUGAUUGAUAUUGAUGGUUUGGUUUUUGAUGAAAAAAUGCCUGCAGAAAGCCUAUUUCCUCUGCAGGCAGUUGAAUUCAGCAGGUUGGUUGGUUCACUAAGACCCGAGGAAUCAGAGGAUACUAUCGUGUCUGCAUGUCAAAAGCUAAUUGCUAUCUUUAACCAGCGCUCUGAACAGAAAAUGGUUUUCAUUACCCAGCAUGGUUUGCUUCCUCUAAUGGAAUUGCUUGAGGUUCCUAAAACACGUGUCAUGUGUUCUGUGAUUCAACUUAUAAAUAACCUCGUAAAAGAUAACACUGAUUUCCAGGAAAAUGCUUGUCUUGUUGGCUUGAUUCCUGUGGUGAUGAGCUUUGCGGUACCGGAUCGUCCCCGUGAAGUUCGCAUGGAGGCAGCUAAUUUUUUGCAGCAGCUUUGCCAGUCUAGCUCCUCGACGUUACAGAUGUUCAUCGCAUGCCGUGGAAUACCUGUCUUGGUUGGCUUUCUGGAGGCUGAUUAUGCAAAGUACAGGGAAAUGGUUCACCUUGCAAUUGACGGCAUGUGGCAAGUCUUUAAGCUUCAGGGAUCAACCCCGAGAAAUGAUUUUUGUCGAAUAGCUGCAAAGAAUGGGAUAUUGCUUAGGCUUAUAAAUACGCUUUAUAGCUUGAAUGAGGCCACUCGAUUAGCUUCAGUAUCAGUUGGUGAUGGAUUUUCUGUUGACUGUCCUGUCCAACAACCACGUUCAGGUCAACUGGAUUCCAACCAUCCUAUUUUCGUUCAGAAUGAGACGGCUCUUUCUGCAUCCGAUCAGUCUGAUGUUCGUAAAGUCAGGAAUGGAAUUGUUGAUCCAAGUGGUAUGCUAGAACCUUCACGGGCUUCAACUUCAAGUUUGCAAAGGUUGGAUGCCAAUCAAACAGAGUCCCAACAUCUUCCCUUGGACACUGAUAGAUCUCAAUCUAGCAAUGCAAUGUUAGAAACUUUAGCAACCACAGAAGUUCCAGACCCAUCACGUUUGGACCAGACUGUGAAUUUAGGAACCAAGGAUCUGUCAGCCACUGCGUUUAAAGAGCGGGAUAUUGUAGAUCGUUGGAAAAGUGACCCUUCCCGAGCGGAAGUUGACCUUAGAUUGCAGCGAGUCCCUAACUCUGGUAGCAGGACAUCUAUAGAUAGAUCACCAAAAAUGACAGAAGGUGCAUCAAAUGGUUUUCCUACUUCAAUAGCCACCCAACCUGAACAGGUCCGACCUCUUUUAAGCUUGUUGGAAAAGGAACCCCCUUCUCGGCAUUUGUCUGGGCAACUCGAAUAUGUACGCCAGCUACCAGGGAUGGAGAGGCAUGAAACUAUAUUGCCUUUACUCCAUGCAUCUAAUGGAAAGAAAACCAAUGGUGAAUUGGACUUUCUGAUGGCAGAAUUUGCAGAGGUAUCUGGACGUGGAAGGGAAAAUGGACAUUUUGAUUCUGCAUCCAGAAUUUCACGCAAAACAGUAAGUAAGAAGGUUGGACCACUGGCCCCUAGUGAUGCUGCUGCAUCCACAUCUGGUAUUGCAUCACAAACAGCGUCAGGGGUGCUCUCUGGUUCAGGUGUGCUGAAUGCCAGACCAGGGAGUGCCACAUCGUCGGGAUUACUUUCGCACAUGGUAGCAACAAUGAAUGCAGAUGUUGCCAGGGAAUACUUGGAAAAAGUAGCUGAUCUUCUACUCGAAUUCGCUCAAGCAGAUACAACUGUAAAAUCCUACAUGUGUAGCCAAAGCUUACUUAGCCGGCUUUUCCAGAUGUUCAAUAGAAUAGAACCCCCUAUUCUAUUCAAGAUACUAAAGUGUAUAAAUCAUUUGUCAACCGAUCCAAACUGCUUGGAGAAUCUUCAGCGUGCAGAUGCAAUUAAAUAUCUUAUCCCAAACCUUGAACUCAAAGAUGGGCCUCUUAUAUCCCAAAUACAUACUGAGGCCCUCAAUGCGCUAUUUAAUCUAUGCAAGAUUAAUAAGAGAAGACAAGAACAAGCAGCUGAAAAUGGAAUUAUACCACACUUGAUGAAUUUUAUUAUGUCAGAUUCUCCAUUGAAACAAUAUGCAUUGCCUCUACUGUGUGACAUGGCUCAUGCAUCACGUAAUUCAAGAGAGCAAUUAAGGGCUCAUGGUGGUCUGGAUGUGUACUUGAGCCUGCUUGAUGAUGAGAUUUGGUCUGUGACAGCAUUGGAUUCAAUUGCAAUUUGUUUGGCUCAUGACAAUGACCACCGCAAAGUGGAACAAGCUUUGCUGAAGAAGGAUGCAGUUCUGAAAUUAGUGAAGUUUUUCCAGUGCUGUCCCGAACAACAUUUUGUGCAUAUAUUGGAGCCAUUCCUGAAAAUUAUUACGAAAUCAUCUCGGAUAAACACAACUCUCGCUGUUAAUGGGUUGACACCAUUACUCAUCUCAAGGCUAGACCAUCAGGACGCUAUAGCUCGUCUUAAUUUGCUGAAGCUUAUUAAGGCUGUUUAUGAGCACCAUCCUAGACCAAAGCAGUUGAUAGUAGAAAAUGAUUUGCCUCAGAAACUUCAGUGUUUAAUUGAAGAACGCAGGGAUGGGCAACGGUCUGGAGGCCAAGUGUUGGUUAAACAAAUGGCUACUUCGCUCCUUAAAGCACUCCACAUCAAUACUGUUCUGUAAAUUGAUGUGUUAAAAAUUCUUCUUUACACGGUGUGUGUAUAACUGUAUAUGCUUUUCUGUUGAAACUCCCCCGCCACAAAAGAGAAGGCAAAAAGACAGCCCAAACAAGAAGGGGUAAAGAAUGCAUAUGUAAUUCUUUUGGAAGAAAUUCUCAAGUUUUGCCAGAUAUGUUGUUUCUAUUU